AUGCUGCCAACCGAGGAAAAGCUGCGGCUGGUGAUGCGCCGGCAGACGUUGUCAGAAGGCGAGACGCCGGCAGACUUUGAGAAGUUGCUCUCAGAAAAGGAAAAACCAAACAUCACAUGGCUCACCACGCCAACCGGAAAACCUCAUGUGUGCUACAUCGUCCCUCUUGCCAAGCUGGUCGAUUUCCUCAGGGCGGGACUUGACGUAAAAAUCCUCAUCCUCGACGUGUACGGCUUCCUGGUGAACUACAAGCACCCCAUGGAGCUGGUCGCGCAUCGGGCGGAGUACUACCGCCGGCUCGUGACCGCCGUCCUCCAGAGUCUUGGAGUGCCGCCGGGCCAAGUCGAGUUCAUCGACGAGUCCAGCUACGUGUACAGCAAGAAGUUCAUGGUGGACAUGCAGAAGCUUGCGGCGUUAAUGACGCAGCAGGAUGCGCGCGAUACGUGCGAGGAGAUCUCCGAGACGACGAUGCUCAGUCCCAUGCUCUGCUGCAUCCACCAGUCGCUUUCGGAAGAGUACGUGGGCAUGGACAUCCAGUUCGGGGGCUUGGAUCAAACCGGCCUUUUCGAGCACGCCAGGAAGUUCAUACCGCAGCUCGACUACAGGCAGAGGCUGCACGCCAUGAAUCCCAUCGUGGCGGGCCUCGAUGGCCUCAAGAUGUCUUCCUCCAAGCCUGCAGACACGAAGAUCAUGUUCCUCGAUGAUCCAGACACUGUACGCCGCAAGGUGCAGAAUGCCGCCUGCCAGCCUCGUGAGGUGGCCGGAAAUGGCGUUAUGGAGCUGCUCAAGCACGUUCUCAUGCCGAUUGGCGAGAUGCAGCUCGAGCGGGAACGCGGACAGACGGGCUUCAACGACGUGGAGAGGACACAGGGCAGCGGGCGCCAGUUCGUCUCGGACGGUGCUCCGGACGAUGCCGUCUUUUCCGUCGUCGGCCCGGAGGAGAAAGUGAUGCACUUUACAUCUUAUGAGGAAGUCGAAAAGGCCUACGUCGGCGGCACUGUCGAUCCUCAGCCACUGAAGCGUGCAGUGGCUGAGGCUUUCAAUAGCGUGCUGGCACCGAUCCUCAAGAUUUAUCAGGAGAGCAAGGAGUGGCAAGAGGUCGAUCGUCUGGCUUACCCGGAUGAGUGGCAGGAGGUCAAGGGUGCGGCUUUAUGA